CCGUGGACUCCAUCCCUCCAGUCUGCAUGGGUGGAGACAGGAAGAAACAGAGGAUGGACCAUCAAGACGUCACCUCCACUCCCCAUCUCCACAGUUAGACCUCUCCCUCUCCUCAUAGCUCAGUGGGGACUGAUGGUGAGUGAACAGAAGUCACUGCGUUGUGAACCCGGGCAAAGGACUCUCAAAUUCUGUCUCCCAAGCGUCGGUGGAGAAGUCGGUUUGCGCACAAAUUCAGAGGGAAAUCUUGGCUUCGCAUUUUGUGCUUCGUUUGGUUUCGUGUCUCCUUGGAUGUUGCGCCACGCUGCGAAGCAUUUGCCAGCUGGCAUGUGAGUGAUAGCGUGCAGUUUACAGUAUGCAGGCAAUACCACAUUAAUUCCCACCAUCUCCAGUGUCAGGAAGCCGAGCUGAUGAGCGCAACCCUCCUUUUCCUCUCCAACUAUCUUCAGUAUGCUGUUUUUAGCGUGUGCCAGGUGAUAACCUGUUGAUUUUGCAUCGCGCCAUGUCCUGCUGUUGGACUGAAGUGGACAAUGAAGUUAUGGGAUAGCCUGACCACUUGUUUGAUUCUGCUGAGCGCCGUGCACGCCAGCUCGCUAUUCCGGAGCCGACAACAGUCUACGUUCAUCAAGAGGAGAGGACGCGCCGCUGAGAGUCCCCUGGAGCUCCCGCCGGUUCAGAUCCGCCUGUCUGUCACUGCCCAGGGCAUCAGCGGCGCUGAGGCGGAUACAGCGGACUGGGAAGAGACGCUGGCUGCAGGGGGAAAAUACACCAUGGAGGAGACCCCCCUAAAUGAGUUUGACAAUGUUGUAGACUUCAUCAAAGUGACCAUCAGCAGAAUACGACGCGCCUCCUCAUCCACCGUGUCCUCAUCUACCUCCUCCUACACCACCUCCUCCCCAUCCGAUGAAAACUUGAGCAGCAGGAAUCGGCGAAGAAGAGAGAAGAAGAAAGGGACGAGUCAGCUGAGUGGCAAAGGAGGAAGAGGAGGCGCUGGUGUGGGUGUGACACAGAGGAAGGUUAGAGGAAGAGGAGGCACUGGGCGAGGACAGGGCUGUGUACUCAAACAGAUCCACCUCAAUGUCUCAGAUCUCGGUCUGGGCUACCGCUCCAGUGAGGAAAUGAUAUUCAGGUACUGCUCUGGACCCUGCAGGAAGUCUGAGACUAACUACGACAAAAUCCUUUACAACCUCGCUCACAACAGUAGGCUUCCUCCCAAGGACACGCCCCCUCAGGCCUGCUGUCGGCCAAUAGCGUUCGACGAUGACCUCUCGUUUCUGGAUGACAACCUUGUCUACCACACCGUGAGAAAACAUUCUGCCAGGAAAUGUGGUUGUGUAUAGGGAGAGCGAGAGUCAGGCUUUGUGUAGUUUUGCAGUCAUUCCUACCUAGAAAUAUGAUGUUGAGUGUUUUUUCUUCUGAUUUUUCUCACUGUGAGGAAACUGGCUGGCAUUAAGUGUGGCCGUGUAUGAGUCCAUCAGUAAAUAAGGAUAGUAGGUGGCAUCUCUACAGUUUUAUUCUAUAGCAACGAUUCCUGAUAUCCUCUUCUCCUCCUCUUCGGCUCACAAUAUCCCCAGUUCCUUUACACCUCACAUUGUUUAAUGUAUUCAGUGUGAUUUUAAACGUGUCCAUGGAUACUCAAUUCUAAAGAACUGACUUCAAACACAACGGAUGAUUAUUCAGACUCAUUUUGUCUACUCUAUAGCACAUAUGUUACAUGGAAAAAGUUACACACAUAUGAAAUAUAUUUAUGAAAUCUUGAAUUUAUUAACUUAUUGUUAUUUAUUUUGUUUUAUAAAGGGAUGUUAUUUAUUACUGUAAUGUGAUGUCUCAGAGCGUGCCAAAGGUUUAAAUAAAAUUAGUUUAUGAUUUAGUCCUAUCACAAAAAGCAGUAAAAAGGUUUACAGUCUUUUACACAUAAGGAACUUUGAAGGUGCCCUUUGGAGUUGGACUCUUAUGCAAAACAUAAGAGUGCAAAACAUUAUGCAUCCAAUACUUCUCACCAAGAUAUGUUUUGUGUAAUCUAACCUACAAAUGUGUAGAUUGCAGUUCUUUCUUUAUGAAACAUUUGCAAAGCCAGUUAAAAAAAAAUCUGUAUGAUUUUAAAAUUCCAGAAAUUAGUAUCUCUAUGCCCACAUGCUCAUGUGUAUGUGAGUUAUUUGUGUACUUGUACGACAGCCUCUUUGCCUUUAUUACCUCUGUGUGUACAUGAUACAAACGAAAUGGGGAUCCACUCUUAAAAAUGUUGCUCUGUAGCACUCCUAGUGAGCAAAAACUCCACAGGGCACCUUUAAAAAUGUUCUUCACGGGAAAACGUUCUUCUGUAUCUUAACAUUUACAGUGUUGUCCAACUUUACUGUCAUUUUACUGCAUUGUCUCCUGUAUUUUUAUUAGAGGUUAGAAAGCUAUAUCAAAAUAUGUUGUUCUCAUGAGCAGAAAAAGAGUUGAUUAUUCAUUGGUAAUUUCAUGCCCUCUCAAAAGAUUCGCCGUGUUAGUUGAACAAGAUGUCCUCACUUUAAAAAUAUAACUACAGCUUUAUUUUUAUACGGUAGUCAUCUUUAAAUUUUCUCAUUUAAUUGUCAAUAAAUGCAUUCU